GGGCGAGAGCAGCCGCCGCUGCGCUCCCCCCCCCCCCCGGCACCCUUCGCCCACCCAGGCUGGUGACCCCGCUUCCUCCAGCCUUCCUCGGCGCUUGGAGGCGCGCAGCCCUCGCCUCCUGCGCCCGAUCCCUGCCGGGCUGGGCUGGGGGAGCUGCCCAAAGCCGGGGGAGCGGUCGUGGGCAUCGGGCGAGCCGGCUCAGCAGCCCCGCAGCCAUGCACAGGGGCUUCCCGUCGGCGGCGGAUCGCAACAAGGAGCCCAUCCUGGCCGUCCUGCGGGGCUACGUGGGCGCCCAGCCGCGCCUGCAGGUGCUGGAGGUGGCCUCGGGCUGCGGGGUGCACGCGGCGCAUUUCGCCCAAGCGCUGCCCAACCUGGAGUGGCAGCCUUCCGAGAUGGAUCCCCAAGCCCUGGCCAGCAUCUCGGCGUUGAUCAAAUCACUUCACCUCUCAAACGUGAAACCGCCCAUCUACCUGGACUCAUCUCAGAGCUGGGAGACCUGGGGAGGUCUGCGCCCCAAUUCUUUGGAUCUCAUCGUCAACAUCAACAUGAUUCAUAUCUCAGAAAUGAAGUGUACCCAGGGCUUGUUCCAGGGAGCUGGAAAACUACUCAAACCUAAAGCUGUGAUGAUCACCUACGGAUUUUGCUCCUGUGCUCAACAGCCCUACGCGGUGAAUGGUUCCAUCACUCCACAGAGCAACGUUGAUUUUGAUAACUGGUUGAGGCAGAGCAAUCCAGCUUGGGGACUCAGAGACACAACUGUCCUGGAACAGCUUGCUGUGGCCAAUGGGAUGCAGUUGGAAAACAUGAUCGACAUGCCUGCAAACAACAAAUGCCUCAUUUUCCGCAAACACUAAGUGACCGGACUGCUGUCUCCACGGACCACUUCAAGAUGCUGCGGAGGUCUUCAUGGACUACUUUGAGAUGCUGCGGAGGUCUUCAUGGACCACUUUGAGAUGCUGUGGAGGUCUUCUCCCUCUGCAGGAUUAUCUUCUGCUUGUCUCCUGCUGAACUCUGCUUCUUGUCACAUCCAUAAGGAAGCCCUUAUGGAGUGAUGGGACCAAGUGCCAUAAUUAAUUUAUAGCUGGGGGGAGAAAACUUUCUGGAAGAACUGUGGUCCAGUUCUUGGUCAUGUUGUUCUUCAUUUUGGGGGGAUGGAGAGAUAGGAUGUUAAUGCUUCUUUGGAGUUGGGCGCAAGAGGCUUGCACCCUUUGACGAAGGAGAGUUUGGGGACCACUGCUGCUCAUGUAAUGUCUUGACCAGUAUGGUCAUGCAACUAUCUGCUUUGGACCUAAUGCUUCAGACUCAAGCUUUCAUUUCCAGGUUGUGCCACUCACGUCACAAAUAUAGAGGCAUCCCUUCAGCUUCAGAAACAGGGUGUAUUCCCCGGGUACCAUAAACAAGAACGCUCAAUUAACAAGCCCAUCUCCCCAGUUAAACCACUGCAUGCCAGUUGCUCUUCUAGCAAGCGUGGUGGUGUGGUGGUCCUCCAUAGCAGUCCCGGCUUGGUGGAUCCAGAACACAGCACAUGUAAUCAAGGGUUGAAAUCCUGGUUUCGGGGUGCCUUAAAUGUCUGCAGGUUUUGGUUUGGACAACAUGGCAAGCCAGAAAUCCUGGUUUAUACAUGAAGGCUGGGGUUGGGAUGAGCAAUUUGGCUGGUUGUGAUGAGAUUGUGGCUUUGGAGAAGGGUUACGAGAUGAGGCUUCAGGAAUGACAGUUUAGGAAUAAUGCUUUAAGACGGGUGGACCUCAACUCCCAGAAUUCCCCAGCUUGCAGAAUUCUGAGAGUUUGAAGUCCCAUAAAUGUUGAAGUUGCUAAAGUUGGACAUUCCUGCUUUAAGAAGUCUGGAAGGCAAUUUCUUCUUUCCUCCUAAAUCACUAAAACUUUUGACUUUAAAUCAAGUGAGAGGCAAAAUGCUUGUAAACUCCCCUCUCUAGUUGAAAGCAUAUCUCCGCUUGUCCUCCUGCCAUGAAUAUUUUGGCAGGAGUCUUUCCUCCCCCUCCCACUUCUUCCUUAAUUACAACAAUGAUAUUACAUUAGGGCAAGACUUAAUGAACCCCGGAGCUAGCCAUCCUCACUAUUUCAUGCCAUUGGUUCAAUUUAAAACAAUGCCCUCCUCUAUUACCUUUGGGGAGAUGGAAAAAUCAGGAUCCCCCCAUGCUUAAUGUUAAAACAAUGAGCCUUAGGUUGAAUCAAUGCAUGGCCUUUUAGAUGAAUCACAUGCUCUAAAGUUCCUUUGAUUCUAACAUCCAGAUGGCACGUUUGACAGUCUGGAAGUUUGAGUGUCCCUUCUGCAUGAACAUCUCUCUUCCUGUAGAACACCAGCCUGAAAGACAGGGUUGAUGUUGCCCAGAUCUCUGUCCAGAUGUGCUGGAUUGCAGUGGAUCUCCAGAUUUUGUCUCGUAAUCCAAUAGAUCUGGAUGGCUGGCUUGAAAAAAAAUUCCUGUCCCAGUUUUCUGCAGAGAUGAGAAGUUGGUUCGUUUGGUUUCAAAGGUGACGAAUUGCACACCGCUUCACGUGUGAAGAGGGAUAACUUCCAAACUUUUUUUGCUCCCAUAACUGCUUGUGUUUAUUGUUUACAAUCCAGUGCUGUUCACAUGUCCCUAGGCAGAUCAGAGUUACCUUUAAAGGUGAUAAUUGAUUUUUUUAAAAUUUUCUUUUCUUGCAGGCUUUCUUCAAAUGUCUUUUUAAAAAAAAAAAAUGUAAAAAGAGAAGAUUAUCCUCUUUUCUAUAUCCAGGGGAAGAAAAUUAAAUCCGUGUCUCUCUAAUUUGUACGUAGAAUAAUGUCUCCCUCUAGUGGUGAUGUGUGGCAUAUCUAUGUUCCUUUAAUUCUUAUUUGGGGUGAUGUGAUACGCUCAAAAAAGAGCCUUGGCGAAAAAUCAAGGUAACAGCAGCUUACAUAAUCUGUGCUGCAUUUGGGUGCAAAUAAAUGUAACGUUUCGGCAUCA